AUGGUCAAGGCCAAGACGGAUCCCUCGGCGCCCGCCGCCGUCGUCCAGCUGCUCGACCAGAUCGAAGCCGCGGGUCCAGCCUCUUUGUCUUCGCCUUCGUCUUCAUCUUCGCGCUCGCAGCUCGACGGCGCUGCUCUGAGCGAGACGUCGACGUCAUCUGCAUCCAAGACGUCGACGGAUGCAGCGGCAGCGCGUUCGCUGGUCGCCACGCUCGUCGCGCUGCUGCAGCGCUGCCUGGACCUCAUCUACGAAGACGAGCGCACCGACGAGCUCUCGCCCUCUCUCAAGUACGGCCUCGACGGCCUCCGCAUCUGGGCCAACCGAUGCGCCCAUCUCGCCGCCCUCCCACCGCUCGUCGAUGCCGCGCCGCAGGCUCGAGCCCAGCUGCUCAGCGUCGAGCACCAGCUCAAGCUGUCCAACGUCAUCUGGUCCGCCUGCCACUCGGAGCGCACCCAGAUCGCCACCCGCUCCAAGGCCGUCAUCGAGGCCGUCGUGGCGCUCCUCGACCGCAUCGCCGACCCGCUCGCGGAGCGCGGGCCAGUCCUCCCCUUCCCCGGCGAUGCGCCGUUCGUGACCGACCUCGUCUCUCGCUCGUUUGCCCAGCUCGAGCGCAAGCAGGCACCCAUCAUCCUCGAGGUCCUGCUCGCCAAGUACGGCUCUGCGCCCUUCCGACAGAGCGGGCCGGCCGGCGCGAGCUACACCGACUCCCAGAUCUACCAGCGUGUCGUCAGGGGGCUCGGCACCGUCGAUGGCGGCGCCAACCGGCGCUCGAGGCUCGCCCUCUCGUUCCUGCAGGCGAGGGCCGCCGAUCUCGGAUGCCAGCUGUCGCGCAAGGCCAUCGCAGGCGCCGAUCUCCCGGCCGGCGAGCAGAGCGACGAGGCGUGGCAGCGCUGGUCCGCCAUCUGGCUCGGGCCGCUCAAAGCGGCGCUCGAGGACGGCGGCGAGCGGCUGCGGUCCGGCCUGGCCUCGUACCACCUGGCACCGCUCUUUGAGAUGGAUGCGCGCGUCUUUGGCCUGCUCCUCGACAGCAUCAUGAGGCCGCAGGGCGACGUGACCCGCGACGGCCGCGGUGGCGGUGGCGGUGACGCCGGCGGGAGCGACGGCGGUCAUGCCGCCGGCAUCAAUGUCGAGGCCAUCUUCAUGGUGCUGCGGAUGGGCAAGACGCAGGGCUACUGCCAGAUCAGCGGCGACGCCGCCGACUUCUCCACCGAGAUGGGCGCCGACGGCUCCCGGCGCGUGCUGGUGCCCUCGACGCUGCUCAAGGACUGCAUCCUGUCGGCCGCCUCGGAGCUUCAGAUCUCGACGCUCUCGCUCGUCAUCGAGUCGCGCACGCCGGCGCUCGCCUUUAAUGCCGCCGAGCUCGACAUCCUGCGCACCUUUUUCCCCUACAGCCUCACCAUCUCGAACCCGGGCGCCCGCGGCGAGCUGCGCGGCUUCUUUGUCAAGAUGCUCACCCGCCUGCGCGCCAGCUCCUAUGCCCUGGCGCGGGACGCCUCCAAGAUCACCCGCAUCGCCGAGCACGAGCGGCUCGACGGCGAGAGGGUCAAGCUGGCCGAGCUCGAGCGCGACCUCGACGCGGUGCGGCGCUUCCUCGAGUGGAUCUACGCCCUGAUCCGCCAGGCGCUCCACCCGGGCGCCUCGUACCAGGCGUGCAUCACCGCCCUCACCUUCCUCGACCUCGUCCUCGAGAGCGGCAUCGACCCGCGCUUCUCGCAGCCGGGCGCGGCCGGCAACGGUGCCGCCAGGGCGACGGAAAAGACGCUCACCAAAAACGCCGGCAUGACGCUGGCCAAAAGCAAGCAGGUCUUUGUGCAGGAGUUCCCCUUUACCCUCGACCUCAUCUCGCCGGCGCUCGUGCAGCUGCUGCUGUCGUGCUCCGAGAGCACCUACGACGACAUCCAAAACCGCGCCCUCACCAUGCUCGUCCGCUUCCUGGCGCCGCUGCCGGGCCUCACUGAGCGCGACGCCGCAGCCGCCAGGAUCCUCGGCAAGGCGGCCCGCCUGAUGACGAGCUCGAGGGACUUUGAGAGCGCCGCCGCCAGCCGCCUGAUCCAGCUGUACAAGGCCGUCUACAUCGACCGGCUCGGCUGGCCGCCGUCGUCGCUGCUCGAGCUGGCCGGCUUCCCGACGCCACGGCUCAAGGAUGCCGCCGGGGGGCAAGCCAGCGACAACAAGCAGAUCCAGCUGAUCCGCCACCACCUCGACCUGCUCUCGCACCUGCUGAGCGUCGCCGAGUCGGGCAGGAUCCUCGAGGCGGCCACAUCGUACCCGCUCCACGGCACCCUCGUCACGCUGCAGGAGCUCUUCGCCUCGGUGCGGCUCGCAUCGCUCCCCGAGGCGGACCGUCAGGAGUUUGGCCGCGCCAUCGAGGAGGCCGAGGCCAUGGUCGACCGCACCUGGAACGUCACCAAGGCCGUGCUGUGCAACUCGGCGCCCGAGGGGAGCGUCGGCGACGGUGGCUCGGCGGCCGCAGCGAUCGCGGCCGAGGAGAACGCCGACGAUGGCACCGCGGGCCUCCACCAGCCGACGCACGAGUCGGCGCGGGCGAUGCGCAUCGCCGACGCCGAUGGCAAGGCCGACGGCUUGGAGCAGCAGGAGGAGUCGAUUGCCGGACCAAAGCACCAGGUGAUUCUGUCGUACUCGUGGCGCGGCAUGAAGGAGGCGUCGGCGCUGCUCGGCGCCAUUGUCGCAUCGACGCUUCGAGGCAGCGGCAGCGGCAGUGGCGACCCCACGAGCCUGUGGACGCCGGCGUCGAUCGAGGCAGUCGGCGCCCGCUUCAACCUGUGGCUGACGCAGGUGCGCCACCGCGGCGCCUUCAGCACAAUCUACCCGGCCUACUGCAAUGCGGCCGCAGCCAUCGUCCGCAGCGGCUGGAAAGAGGUCGAGGCGCUGCCCCGGCGGUGGAUCGAGACCUUCCUCGACGCCGUCGCCCAGCCGGGCACCACGCUCAGCAUCACGCGGCGCAGCGCGGGCAUCGGCUACGCGGUGCUGGCGCUCGUCAGCGCGCACCCCAACAAGACCGACACCAGCGUGCUGCUCGCCACUGUCCGUCGCCUCAUCGACAUCGCCCAACGUGGCGCCGCCUCGUCCGAAGAAGGAGAAGGGGAGCGCAGCGGCGAAGCGGCGCCUGCGUCGCUGCCCGUGUCGGCGAUCCACGCCCUCAACAUCCUGCGCGUCCUCGUCUCCGACGGCCAGCUGUCCGAGUACAUGUCGCCGUUUGUCGGCCAGCUGCUCGAGCUGACCAUCUCCAAGUUCUCGUCGAGGUUCUGGGGGCUGCGCAACGUGUCGAUGAUGCUCUCGUCGAGCCUCUGCAUCCGCUGCUUCAGCUCGCGCCACACCAACAAGGACACAAAGGACGCCAGGAUGCCGGUCGACGAGUUCUUCGCCACCUACCCGAACAUGGAAGCGUUCCUGCAGCGCACGCUCGAGGACAAGACGGUCGACGCCGGUCCCAGCGCCGGCACCGUCAGGGGGGUCAAGCAGGACGAGCAGGCCGAGUCGAGCGUCUUUGCCGUGCUGAUGCUCUUCAGCCGGAUGCAGGCGCCCGAGCUGCCGUCGAGCAACCCGCGCCACCGCGAGCGCCACGCUUCGUUCGCCGCGCUCAUCGCCCGCUGCGCAUCGAGUCCCGUCUGGAAGAUCCGCGAGAUGGCCGCCAAGGCGUACGCCGCCGUCGUGCCACUCACCACGGCGGCCGAAGCCUGCAUCGGCCUGCUCCAGGGCGGCAGCGCUACCAGGCAAAAUGAGCUGCACGGCCGCCUGCUCAUGGUCCACCUGCUGCUCCGCAGCCCCAGGGAGAGCGAGGCGCCGUCCUCGUCGCUCGAGCCGGGCAUGUCGGCGCUUGCCGACGCGCUAUGCGACGGCGCCAAGCGCUUCCUCGUCGACAACCGCUGCCCCGCCACGCAGCUGGCCUACCUCGAGGUCCUGCAGGACUUUGUCGGCAUCCGCAGCGCAGACUACCGCGCGCUCGGCGACCGGGUGUUGGCGGCGGCGUGUCCCUGGAUCUCGCAGAAGCUGGCUGCGCCCUCCGCGCAGCUUCAGGAGCUCCUGCGCGUGCCGCACGGGCCGAGCCUGCUGUCGACAUGCGCGAGGGUCGUGCUGCAGGCGGACGGCCGGCAACUCGGCACGUCCGACGCUGGCGGCGUCGGAGGCGAUUCCCUCCUGCGCUCGUGUGUCGAACUCGUCUCGCACCCGAUCGAGGACGUCCGCCUUUCCGUGCUCGAGGCUCUGGCAAGCGACGAGGGGUCGGCGCUCCGGCGGGCGGCGGCUAGCUCUGCGGUGGCCAAGCAGCUGCUGUGCGAGUUUGGCCGCAAGAUCCACCACAGCAUCAGCAUGGCCGGCGAAGGCAUCUGGGUCCGCAUCAGCGCGGCCGAGCUGCUGCACAACCUGCUGUCCGGCCCCAGCGCGGACGGCCAUACGCAGGUCGCGUCGGAUCUGGCCUCGGCGCUCUUCCCCAGCGACGCGGCCCUCACCGACGCCGUGGCAGAGCUGACCAGGGUGGCGAGGACGACGCCCAUCGUGCCUCUGCGCGAGGCGCUGCUGCCCUACAUUGCCGGCCUCUGCCACGCGCUCUGCGCGGCCACUGCGCCCGAGGCGGGGCUCGAUGCGGGCUCGCGACUUACGGUGGUCGAGACGUGGUGUCGCACCGUGGCCCGCUGCGCCGACGAGAACGAGUCGGUGCAGUCGCGCGAGGCGGCGGGCCAGGCGCUGCGCACCAUGGGCGCCUACCUCUUCCCCGCGGCAUCGGCGGCCGACCUGCUGGGCAAGCAGUCGGCCGACGUCUUUGCGGCGCGGCUCGCAUCCAUCAACCUGCUCACCGACGACGACGAGGACGUGCGCAUCGAGGCCGCGGCCAUGAUCGGCGAGACGAUCGCCGUCUCUGGUUCCGGCUCCGGCUCCGGCUCUGGCCCCGCGACGUCAUCCCGUGACCCUGGCGGCGAAGACGGCGCAAAGAAGCCGUCGGCCAACCUCUUGGCGCUGACCCGUGUGGCGCGCAGCGGUGGCGCGAGCAGCGAGGUCAGCACCGACCGAGCCUGGUCCUGGAUGGCGCGUCACUACAGCGCCACCGCCACCAGCACCGUCUGGGCGGAGCAUGUCUGGUCGCAGCUGGUCCCGACGCCCGAUGCAUCCGCUCGCGAAUUCAACGAGGCCUUUACGCCCUCGACGAUGCUCUUCACCGAGGAGAAGCCCAACCAGUUCCGCGACCCGGAGGCAACGAUCCGCCGGGCUUUCGCAUCGGUCGUCUCGGGCGAGGUCGAGCCGGCAUCGUCUUCGCUGGCCGCCCAGCUCGUCGAGAGGACCCUGGGCGAGGUGACGCGACUGGCAGACUGCCUCGGCCUCUCGAGCUCCGCCGCCGAUAUCGCCCCCCCUUCUGGUCCUCCCGGUUCCGCUGCUGCUGCUGCUGCUGCUACCGCUGCCGCUGCGGGUGCGGACGGCGCCAACGACGUCAAGACGGAUCUGGUCGGAACGCACCUGCUGGCGACGCGGGUGGUGCUCGCCUUCACGGCGGUGCAGCGGAGCGGCGCCACGCGAGCCGCGGCGGUCGAGCAUGCCAGGAUCGACGCGGCCGGCGCGGCGGUGUCGAGCAUCGUGCGGAAACUCGGUCUCGAUGCCGUCGACGUCGAUGUCGAUGUCGAUGUCGAUUUCGACGCUGUCGGCGUUGCGCCUCCCCAGCCGGACGCAGCGCUGGAACGGGAGACGGGACGCGAGCAAGGCAAGCCGAGCUACAGCAUAGCUAUGGUCUCGGACUUUUUCUUUCCCAACGUCGGCGGUGUCGAGGGCCACAUCUACCUCGUCAGCCGCGCGCUGCUCGACCUCGGCCACAAGGUCAUCGUGAUAACGCACGCCUACCCGCCCCACCGCGUCGGGGUGCGCCACCUCUCGUCGGGCCUCAAGGUCUACUACGUGCCCUACGGCGUCAUAGCCCGGCAGGACACGCUGCCCAACUUUUUUGCCCUCUUUCCGCUGCUCCGCUCCAUCCUGCUGCGCGAACGCGUCGAAAUCGUCCAUGGCCACCAGGCCCUCUCGUCGAUGGCCCACGAGGGCAUCCUCCACGCGCGCACCCUCGGCCUCAAGACAGUCUUUACCGACCACUCGCUGUUCGGAUUCGCAGACGCCGCCUCGAUCCUCACCAACAAGCUCCUCCGCUUCGUCCUCAGCGACGUCGAUGCCGUCGUCGCCGUCAGCCAUACCGGCAAGGAGAAUACGGUGCUGCGUGCCCACCUCGACCCGGCAACGGUCUCGGUGAUACCCAACGCCGUCGUGGCGGAGCAGUUUGAGCCGGACCCAUCGCGCGUCGACCGCAGUCGCCUGACGGUGGUGGUGCUGAGCCGCCUCAUGUACCGCAAGGGCAUCGACCUGCUCAUCGCCGCCAUCCCGCGCCUCUGCGCACGCCACCCGGACCUGCACUUCCUCAUCGGCGGCGAUGGGCCCAAGCGAGUCGAGCUCGAGCAGAUGCGCGAGCGCUACAUGAUCCAGGACCGCGUCGAGCUCGUCGGCGCCGUCCGACAGGGCGAUGUUCGAGCCCACCUGACGCGCGGCCAGAUUUUUUUCAACACGUCGCUGACCGAGGCGUUUGGCACGGGCAUCAUCGAGGCGGCGUGCGCGGGCCUGUUUGUCGUGAGCACAAGGGUCGGCGGCGUGCCCGAGGUGCUGCCGGACGAGAUGGUGCGCCUCGCUCGACCCGAAGAGGACGACGUGGUGCGGGCGAUGGAGGAUGCCAUCUCGCACGUCCGGGCGGGUCGACACGACCCGAUCGCGUACCACGCGGCGCUGCGGCGCAUGUACUCGUGGAGCAACGUGGCCCAGCGGCUGGAGCGCGUCUACGACGACGUCGUCGCCCGGCCCUUUCCCCGUCCGACUGAGCGGUUUGAGCGCUACUACCGUGGCGGCGUGGUGGCGGGCAAGAUCUUCUGCAUCAUUGUCGCCGUCGACCUGCUCUUUCUCAAGGUGCUCGAGUGGUUCCUGCCCGUCGAGCGCAUCGAUACGCCGCCCUCGCUGCACGCACCCCACCAGCGGCGGCGGACGGCGGGGCGUCGCCGGACCAGCGGGCCGAAGACGACGCCCGGCAUCGACGACGACGACGACGAGAUCAAGACGACGCCCGGCAUAAACGACGACGGCGACGAGAUGAACUCAUAA